CCCAAAAUAAAUCUCUAUAAGGUGCCUUGGUCAUGGUGUCGUAUCACAGCAAUAGAAAACUAAGACAAGCUCCCAUGCUGGGCUUUCAAUUUCUUUUGUCUGGAAAACUGGCUGUUCUUAAAUGUUAACUAUUCUUGGUUGAUAUUGGGCUGUUACUUCUCUUAGAUUAUGAUCAUUGUUUUAAAUGUCAUGUCCCUUAUUAACAAUUCUCCCAUGUCAAUUAAAUGAUAAUGGCUGUAUAUGUUCUACCAUACUUUCCCCCUUUCUCUUAGUGUUUAGCCCUUGUAUUCUUGCUUAUCUCAGACAUUUUACUGUUACUGAUCUUUUUUAUUUCUUCUCUUUCCCACUAAAUGUAAACCCAUUGUAGGUGUUGUAAGGCUAUAAAGCAUAUUUAUACAGGAGCAUGCAUAUCACCUUCCAGCAAUAUGAAAGCUAGCCAGUAGGGCUGAAUUUUCCAGGUUUUGAGAGUAUUUUAGAAGGGCUUUAUGGACCACGGCUACGAAGAGACCUCAGUUUAUUUGAAGACUGUGAACCAGAAGAGCUGACUGACUGGUCUAUGGAUGAAAAAUGUUCAUUUUGUAACCUACAGAGAGAAGCAGUCAGUGAUUGUAUACCAUCUCUCGAUUCUUCACAGUCAACGCCAACAGAGGAGCUAUCAUCUCAGGGCCAGUCCCACACUGAUAAGAUUGAAUGCCAAGCAGAAAAUUACCUAAAUGCACUCUUUCGAAAGAAAGAUCUUCCUCAGAACUGUGAUCCUAACAUUCCCUUAGUUGCUCAGGAAUUAAUGAAAAAGAUGAUUCGUCAGUUUGCCAUUGAGUACAUUUCAAAAAGUGGUAAAAUUCAAGAAACUAGAAAUGGUUCGAUUGGAGCGAGUCUCGUAUAUAAAAGUAUCCAAAUGAACCAAGCAGAGAACUGCCUUCAGGAUGAGCAGGAAGGCCCCUUAGACCUCACUGUGACUCGAACGCAAGAGCAAACUGCUCAGCAAGGGGAUGGAGUGUUAGAUCUCUCUACAAAGAAAACCAGCAUAAAAUCUGAAGAAUCGUCCAUAUGUGAUCCUUCUUCUGAAAAUGCAGUUGCUGGUUCAACUGUUGAUGCAAAAUCAGAGGAAGCUACUAAAAUGGAAAAAGGAAACUCAGCAUUAAGCAAAGUUUUGGAAUCUUUGUGCAUACAUCACCAUCAACAAGUUUUGGCUAUGUUGAAAUUUCUAGUCCAAGAGCAGAAUGCUGCUUCUAUUUGCUGUUGUAAUUCAUCAUGUACUGUGUCUUCAGAAUCUCAAAAACCCAUGUUGGAAGAUGAUUUACAUGGUCUGUUCUGUAGCUGUGAAUAUAGACUGGCAGAAAGAAAUUGUUUACACAAUGAGAGACAAAGCCCUGGUUUGGUGCCUCUGCCAGUCUGUAUUAAAGAAUUACAUUGUUUGUCUUGUCAAACUGUAACUGUUGAACACAUUAAGACAGUAAUGAAUAGAGGUAUUGAAAACAGUUAUAAUCCACACAGGUGCUGUUGUGGACAGUUAGCAAAGAAUCACUCUACAAAAUCAGCCUUUCAUAGUCCUCCUUUGUCGAGGGAAGUUUGUGAUCUUUCACUCAGUCUUAAAGAUGCCUGUAGAUCUCGAAGUCCCUCACCCCCGCCAUUAUCACCUGUGGAGACUGGAGGAUUUGAAAAGUGGAAAGACAUCGUCUCCGAGCUUUCAUCCUUAGAAAGUAACAAACUUGACACAAGCAUUAACCAGCCUCCAUCUCUCAUACCAGCCGAGAUAAGCAUUCACAGAUGUGGCCAUGACAGCAAAAUAAAUAAAACUAAGAAGUCCAGUAACUCUGAUUCUGUGCUCUUGGAUGCCAGCAGUAAUGAUACCACAAAUCAUGGAAAGGGUGAAACAGCUGUAAUUUUUCAAGAUUUAAUGGAUCGGAUUAAUGAAAAAUUAAAAUCAAUAGAAACCACAGAUACAUCAAACCUCAUAAAAUUAUCUAGCACUGAUUGUGAUUCAGAUAAUGAUUUUAAAUUGGGAGAUUUAAUAACAUCUCUUUUGCACAGUGCAACAGCCAGUGAUUAUAGUUUUAUGGAAUUACUGAGUCAACAUGAUAAAAAGGUAGAAAAUAAAAUUAUUCAGACAAGAUUUCGAAAACGUCAACAAACCUUAUUUGCAAUGCACAACUCUCCUGAUUCACCUGUGAUCAGAAGGCAGUCUUUACAGAUAAAAAGAGAGCUUGCUAGUCUUGAUGAAAACUUUCUGAGAAAAAGGUACAGUGAAAAAAAUUCAAGAAAAUUGUCAUGCAAUGAUAAGAUGCUUUCACUGAACAAAGAAUUCCAGCCUUGUCAAGAACCUUUAAAAAAUUCUAAGAGCUUUCAAGAUGAAAAUCAUGCAGAAACACAAUCUUCACCAAAUGAUGCAGCACCUCUUGAGAGUUUUGACACUAGCAUGACUUUUGAUCAAUUUUCAGAAAACUUUAAAGCAACUUCAUCUGAGAAAAUGAGCCAGAGAAAAUCACCAGAGAAAUGUACAGCUGAAAAAUUAACUGUACAAAAUAACAGGGAAAAAGCAAAACUAGAAAAUACUCAAACACUUUUGAGAACUGAUGCUCCUGGUCUUUUGAGCAGAACUAAACGAAAUAUUGUGCCUCCAGGGUGGUAUUCUAUAUAUGUAACAAACAAUUCUGUUCCCAAAAAAAUCCUUGAGGGCAGACGAGUAUCAGACUCUGCUCACAGCAAAGAUCCAGUCAGAGAUGCAACCGAAAGUCUCCAAAAUAGAGACUUAAACAAAAUUGCAAUGAAUUCUAACUUGCAAGUUGUUGUGGAGCGUUUAGAAGACACAAUAAAUAUGGCUCAGAGGUCUUGGACUAAUCAAGCACUGUCUGAAGGAUGUAAAGCCUCCAAGAAAUUGAUAGAAACAGAUAGUAAAGACCAAAAUGCUGGGACAGAUUUGACUUGUACUUUAAGCAGAAUGGCUUGUAAAAAUCAGGAUUUAUCAAAAUCUGUAAUAGCAUCUAGCAAUAAAAGAAGUUAUGGGAUGCCUGUAAUGGAUUUGAACAAGAGACUUGAUAAUGCAAAGACAGCACCCAGUGUUGAAAGUGUGCCAACAAAACGUGAAGGAACUGAAAGUUCUGUUUCUAACUAUUCUAGUCCUAUUAAACUCAUGUUUUUAUCGGAGAUUAAAAGCAGUGAAGGAGUCAAAUACACUUUAACUUCAGUCAGCACAUCACAGUCAAAUGCUGAGUUUGCUUCUCACAAACAUAAAACCCAUCAAGUAAUUGGAAGGAAAAGAGAAGCAAAGGAAGACAUACCAAACACUAGCUUUGAAAAUUAUAGUUCUAAUCAUGAUAUUAACUGCCUUCAAAUCAAAUUAAACAAAUUUAACUGUGUACAAGAGGCUACACCAUCAUCUGCUGAGUUUACUGUCAGUUUAAACAGUGAUAAGCCACAAGGAGACUCUGAGGGAAAGUCAAGUGGUGCUAUUGAUUUACCAUAUAAAAGAAAGCCAGGUAGGCCUAAAAAAAUUGGCCCCCAAGUUGUGAAACAGAUUAAACGGCCAAUUGGAAGACCACCCAAGCCUAAAGCUGGUCUAACAGAUGUCAGUGUUGGCCAAAAUGAGUCUCUUAGUUCGGGAAAGAAAAGUCCAGAAUCUCUAUCAGAAGUAAAAGAAGGCAUUUAUGGAAAGAGUAUUAUUGUCACUGUUGUUUAUGGAAGGUCAAGAAGAACCAAGAGAUGUGUUUCUGAAGGAAGCAUGAAUAUCAGCAACAUCUCACUGAACCAUGAUGUCGCUGACUUUGCAGUUAACUCUAGUAGCCUCAGAAAUACUGAAGAAUAUGAGACUGGCUGUGGUGAAAGACUAAGUGCUGUGUCAAGAUUGACAACUGAAAGUAAGGUUUUUCAUUCUGACUUUGAAUAUGUUAGACCCAUCAAGAGCAAGUCUGUGAUCCUUCAGGCUUCCAAGAACAUUAUUCAACCAAAUCAAAAGCCUUUGUCAAUUGUUAGGAAGCCUGGUAGACCUGCAAAAGUGAAAAUCUCCGGUAUAUCUGUGACUGUUAGUAGAAUUUCACCUCAGGAAAGAGAAGUAUGCCUUAGCAGCUGCUUACCUCCUUUAGAACAGGAGUCUGUGUUAGAGAAAUGCCAAGAAGAAAAGCUUGACCAACAGUGCAGUAAGGUAGAUAAGAUCAGGCACACUGAUGCUGACAUAUUUAAGAAUCAAUCAAAUAAUAAUACUGUUGCUUCUAUAUCUCCAAAACGUUCGAUUAGGUCUAGAAAACCUUUGCAUUUCUUACAUUCACUUGCAUCUUCUGGCUCUCUUACUUAUAAAAAUGCUCUGCGUCAUAAAUCAUGUAAACUCCAUUUGCAGAAAGGCAAAAGUCCAAAGAAAAAAUAUAGGCAGUCAAGUUUUAAACUAGCUUCCAAAGGUAUCCCAGGAUCUAGAUGUUUAAGGAAAGCAGAAAAAUGUUUGGAAGGUAAAAAAUUAAUGCCCAUUUCUGAAGUAUCCUUGGACCCUGUUAUUUCAUCCAAUCCUUUGCUCAGGUGGUGGGCUACUUCUGUUUCAGAUGAUUCCUUAUUAGAGGAAUUGAACAAUAGAUUUGAACAGAUAACAAACGCGUGGGUGCAGGUGAACAGAGAUGAAGCUCAAACUUCUGUCCACAUAACAGAACACACUGAAGGUGCUGGUUUCAAAGCAGCAAACCCUCUGGAAACCCGUCUUCUAGAACUUGAAGUCUCACCUGUCAAAAUGCUCUUUCAGAAAAAGUAUAAUUUGAAUGAACUUUGUACCUGGUUUAUGCAAACAACAGAAACACAGUCCCUUUCACUUGUUAGAAAAGCAAAUGCUCGAAACCCUUUGGAAGUGAUAAACACCAAGAGCAUUAAGUUAGGGAUGAAAUGCUGUGGGUUUAAUGCUAGCCCCUUCAGGAAGCACUUUAAAAAAUUUGCAGUCUCCUCUCCUUCAAAGUCAGCAGGGAAGUUCCACAUACUUCAUAAAAUGGUUGGCUCACCACUCUUAAAUGUGAAAAGAAAUUUCACACUAGCUAGGUUGAAAAGGACUGAGUUUAAGAGUUUGCACUGUGAAAGGUGGAGAAGAGAGGAAAAGCCACACAGUCACAGAACAGUUGAUUGGAACUCAAAAAGAAGGAACUUAAGAUUUUUCUGCCAGAAUCAGGUUUUGACUAAGAGACGGGGAGAGACAAAUGCAGAGAUAUCACUCAGUGGGAAAAGCACAGUAGGUAAGCAGUGGGCCUCCCCACCAGAAACCAGAGUGGAUUUUCCUCAGGAGAGGGCAGCAGUUCAUGAUGUCACAACCCAUGCUAGUUUAGAGAGUAAAGUUAAGUCAGACACAAAGGAGAAUGGAGCAGGGUGUGGCCAGAUGGAUUCUGAAAAGGGACAAAGACUAGAAAAUGUGUUUUCCAAUAAUUGGAGGUCAAAAACUUUAAAAGACUGUAGAAUAUUUUUGAGAAAGAUCAACUGUCUUGAACACAGAAAUACUUUUAAGCUAAAUACAAUCAUUUAUUCUCCUGAACCUGUUGACAGUGGAGGUAAUCAGAUACAAGGAGGAGAAUCAAAGCGUUUGAAUUUAAGAUCCCAUUCAGCAAGGCAAAAUUCCUUUAAAAAGCAAAAUAAAGAGAGAGAAAAUGUCAAAGCAAAUAGUCCUGCAAGUGAUAUACUGACUGAUGAACUUGGCAGUAGUCAGUUAAAUAAGCGUGUUAACUUUGACAAGAAUCCUGAUAAUUCUGAGGCUCUUAGCAAAUUAAACAAGAGAAAAAGACCACCAUGGAAGACCACAGAAAUGUCAACUAAAAGACAUAAAGGACAGUCUUGCAACAGUGGACAAAUGGCAAAAUAUUGUACAAAAUCCCAAGUAGGUAAGUUUUUCUCUCCUUAAUCUUAAAGUUUCAUUGUAGGUGCCUUGAGUAAAGCAUAAGCUAGUGGGUAGAAAAGGAACAGCUGAUUCUUCUAAUUUAUUUCUAAAAUAUUUGAACAACCUCGUUUCUUGGCACCUAGUAUGAAACUCAUGAAAUUAGGUGUUGCUGGGUGUGGUGCACUUGGCCACUCGGUGUCAAACACAAGCAAAUACAUUUAGAAGAGACAUGAAGAUCUUCAUGAAAAUAGGCCAUGAAUGUAUUUGACAGAUGACUAUGAACAGCUAACUAAAAAUUCACUACUGCAGGCUAAUGCAUUAUUAUCCUCAAAAAUAACUAUGAUAAUAUACAGAAAACAGCUAAGAUUUGUCUCAUUUAAAGACUAUAACACUAUAAUCCUAGAGUGUAAAUCUUCCCCAUUAAACUUACUCCAUUUGAUACUGCUUUGAAAACGUGCUACAAGACUGCUUAUUUAGAAAGCAGUACACUAAAAUUUUUCCAAUGAUCAGCAAGUAUGUUAAGUGGACUUCUGUGAAUCAGACAUUGAACUCACUUGUGCAGAUAUAAAGAGAGUCCCAUUAUGUAGCUGAGCAAGUCACUAUUAGGGUCAUGUCACAUUGAGAAUGCAGACAGACUAAAUAGUAGUGAGGUACCUUAUUAAGUUAUGGGUAUGCUAGGGAGAUUAUUGCCCUUUUGAAUGUAAUGAAGUGAUAAUAUGAACAUGGUAGUUGCCAGAAUUGGUAGUUGCCAUUUCCAUCUGUUUAUCUGGUAGGUGCUGGACAGUUCAGGAUAUUAAAAGGAUGGGAGACUAUAAAUUACUUCUUCACCAUGAGAGAAUGCCAGGUUAUAUUUAGAAUAUUUUAUGGUUUGUGCUCAUUUUUGUAUUGUAUAAUUUAGGGAAGUAUUAGUGUCUUACCAGAGUCAAUAACAUCAGGUCUCAUUGAAAUGUUAAAUGCAGCAAUUAAGUUGAAAAAUUUUAAAUAGGCUAAUGGUUUUUAUGUGCCCCCAUUCAAUUAGCUGAAUAAUUCUAACAUGCAUAAUUCAAUACUAUAUAACAUAUAAUGAUUAAAAUUUCAAAUAUAUAACAUGAAAUGACUAAAUGCUUAAAGGAGGUCUAAGAUCUCCAUUAUGAAAAGUAAAUGAAAACUAGAAAGAAUAAUUUGUUUGUGGUCCUUAAGAAUACUAAAAAUAACAUUAUAACAAAUGAUAUGUCAGGAAAAUACCUAAGAGCGAAUUUUUAAGCUUUUAAUUUACCUAAAAUAUGUAUAUAAGUUUCACAAAGAAUAAAGUAUAGUUUCAUUUUUACUUGUUUCAUCUUCAUCUCAUACUGUUAGAGAUUUUCAAAAGGAAUUUGCAUGAAUUCAUUUUACAACAGAACCAUAUUUUAUCCUUGCAGCGUCUUACCCGUGCUAUUUCCUAACCAUCAAACAGUCUUACUUUAAUAUUAUUCACCCUGCCAAAUAUAAGAUUACCCUAAAACAGAAAGAUGGAGAAUAGUUCAAUAGUACUUUUGUGAAUUAAUUUUAAAAUCCUUUUUGGGUUCUUAAGAAAAUUAAUAUCAUAUGAAGAGUUGUUUUUCAUCUUUUCCAUUUUAAAAUUUGCUAGCACUGUUUCCUGUUCUGCUUAAAGUUUUAUUCAUCUUUACUGAUAACUUUCCUUCUUUAUUUUUAACAUUCUUUUUAAUCAACAAGAUCAUUAUUUUUAUAAAAUUGUAUUUAUAACAAUAUUUGUUAUGUUUAUGUGGUUUUUUAAAUGUUUCCUACAGUGUUGUGUUUUUUCUCAUUAUUCUUGGUAGUCCAUACUUGUUUUUGCCUUUUUAGAAGUAACACUAAAACUCAUCAUUAGUUUUAUAUGUGUUUUUCUUUUUCAUAGAAUAAUUAGUGACUGAAGACUUGAAAGACUGUUAACCACAGGACUUUUCUAGAAAAAUUCUUGGGUGGUGUAUAUUAUGAAUUUUGAAAUAUUUCUAUUGGUGAAAAAGAAUUGUCUCUAUCAUGAAUGCCUUGCCUUUGUACAUAAUAACUGUCCAGAUGUGCUUAAUACAUAAGAUCUCACUGCAUUUGCCGUACUCUGUAUUAAAUGUAGACAUGGGAAGAAAGGCAAGUGCAGUUCUAUUCUUUUGUAUUUCUCCUAUUUAAGGAAUGGUUACAAUAUGUUCUUAGUCAGUGUGGAAAGUUCAGGAAGUUCCAUUUCAUCUAAGUGAGAAAAAACAUACACGUUUAUAUAAAUAAAGUUAUUUUAUGUUGUAAACAGGAAACAGUGAUUAAUGUCAUGGGCUUUGCUCUUAGAAAGCUAAGGUUUUUCUCAUAGAAAACUGAAUACUUAUUGAAAGCUGAGUAAUGUGACUAGGAAGAAGUGACCUGAUGGAACAUGAAGGAGGAAAUAAAACUCAGAUGUAUCCAACAUUGCUAUAUGUGUAGAGAGACUUGAAAGAACCUCCAAAGCUAGAUGCUAACAAGUAGUGGGAGGAGUUCACCUAGAACAAAUUACAUGCAGCAAAUUUGAGCAAUAAAGAAAGUUGGCUCGUGGAA